AUGGCGGGAGAGUCUGAAGUUUACGACGAAGAUGAUAUCUUUGACUCUGACGACUCGUACUCGUCGGCUUCCGACUACGAGUUGAGUAAGCAGACGAUGCGGUCCAAGAAGAAGGACCUCCAGCUCGAGAAGAAGGCCCAGGAGGCGAAAGAGGCAAUGCGCAAUAUCAAGAGAACAAAGGGCGACAUCAAGUUUGACGAGUCCGAGCUCGUGACGAUCUCGCUUAGCAGACCGCCAGACUUUGUUCCGGACUCUGUUUCGUCGGUUUUCGGCAAGGCAGACUUCUCGUACCUGAAAUUGAAGCCAGACCACGCUGCCAGACCCAUCUGGAUCAGUCCCCUGGACGGCAAAAUAUUUCUCGAGAGUUUGUCGCCAUUGUCGGAACAGGCACAGGAUUUCCUGGUGACCAUCGCUGAGCCUGUCAGUCGGCCGAGCUUCAUCCACGAAUACCGCAUCACCACGCAUUCUCUGUACGCUGCUGUUUCUGUUGGUCUCGAGACAGACGAUAUUAUUUCUGUGCUGAGUAGACUGUCCAAGGUGCCGUUGGCCUCGUCGGUGGUCAAUUUCAUCAAACAGGCGACUGUCUCGUACGGUAAGGUGAAGCUGGUUUUGAAACACAACAGAUACUUUGUGGAGAGUCCACAGGCGGACAUUUUGCAGAUGUUACUGAAAGACGAGGUGAUUGGAAAAUUGCGGAUCCAGAGCAGUGAAACGAUAACCACAACAAGCGACGGACUCGUGAUCACCAAGUCUGCACAGAAGGGCGACCUGGUGAUCCCCGGAACAGAACAGAGCAAAAAGAAGCGCGACGAAGAAUCAAAGGCUGUUGAGGCCCAGCCCGACCAAACAGACAAGCCAGCAGCAGCCGAUGACGCUGCUCAGCAGGAAAACCUCGAGGACAUCUUUGCCACUGUCAUUGGAGAUGCUGGCGAGGAGGAGGACGACGACACGGUGCACUCGUUUGAGAUCGCACACGAGUCUGUUGAGAUCGUCAAAAAACGGUGUCAGGAGAUCGAUUAUCCGAUGCUGGAAGAGUACGAUUUCAGAAACGACACACAGAAUCCAGACCUCGAGAUCGACCUGAAGCCGUCCACGCAGAUCAGACCGUACCAGGAGAAAUCGCUGAGUAAGAUGUUUGGUAACGGCCGUGCGCGGUCGGGGAUCAUUGUGCUUCCCUGCGGAGCUGGUAAGACUCUUGUCGGUAUCACUGCUGCGUGCACGAUCAGAAAGUCGGUGAUUGUUCUGUGCACAUCGUCUGUUUCGGUGAUGCAAUGGCGACAGCAGUUUUUGCAGUGGUGUACGAUCCAGCCGGAGAACGUUGCUGUGUUCACUUCCGAAAACAAGGAGAUGUUCACUGGCGAUGCCGGACUGGUUGUUUCCACGUACUCGAUGGUUGCCAACACCAGAAACCGGUCCUACGACGCACAGAAGGUGAUGGACUUCUUGACCUCGCGCGAGUGGGGAUUCAUCAUUCUGGACGAGGUGCACGUUGUUCCUGCGGCGAUGUUCCGUCGUGUUGUGACGACAAUUGCCGCGCACGCCAAGCUCGGUCUGACGGCCACACUGGUGCGUGAGGACGAAAAGAUUUCGGACCUGAACUUCCUGAUCGGCCCCAAGCUGUACGAGGCCAACUGGAUGGAGCUCUCGCAGAAGGGCCACAUCGCCAACGUCCAGUGUGCCGAGGUCUGGUGUCCGAUGACGUCCGAGUUCUAUCAGGAGUACUUGAGAGAGAGCGCGCGCAAGAGAAUGCUUCUGUACAUCAUGAACCCUACCAAGUUCCAAGCGUGCCAGUUUUUGAUCCACUACCACGAGAAGCGUGGCGACAAGAUCAUCGUUUUCUCCGACAACGUUUAUGCUUUACAGGAGUACGCCUUGAAGCUCGGCAAGCCGUUUAUCUAUGGAUCCACUCCCCAACAGGAACGGAUGAACAUUUUGCAGAACUUCCAGCACAAUGAGCAGGUGAACACGAUUUUCUUGUCAAAAGUCGGAGACACCUCGAUCGACCUGCCCGAGGCUACCUGCCUGAUCCAGAUCUCGUCGCAUUACGGGUCCCGGAGACAGGAGGCCCAGCGACUGGGCCGGAUUUUGCGUGCCAAGCGGAGAAACGACGAGGGAUUCAACGCUUUCUUCUACAGUCUGGUCUCCAAAGACACUCAGGAGAUGUACUACUCGACGAAAAGACAAGCAUUUUUGGUGGACCAGGGAUACGCGUUCAAGAUCAUCACUCAUUUGCAUGGAAUGGAGAAUCUGCCAAACCUGGCGUACUCGUCGGCCAAAGAGCGCCGUGAACUGCUCCAGGAAGUUCUGCUGAAGAACGAGGACGUUGCCGGAAUCGAGCUGGGUGAGGACUCAGAAAACCUGAUCGGCAACGGGGUGUCCAAGAAGAUGAAGAACACCUCCAGAGCAGUCAAGAACCAGGGAUCUCUGGCUGGUUUGGCUGGAGGAGAAGACAUGGCGUACGUGGAAUACUCCAAGAGCAAGGCCAAAGAAGUGGCCCACCAUCCGUUCUUCCAAAGAAACUAUUACAAAAAGAAUAAGAGAAAGAAGCAGAAUCAAUAA